AUGGCCCAAAGCACAGAAUACAGAAACCGGCUAGCAAUUAUUGCUGGAGGGAUAGGUGGGCUUGGUUCAUCCAUUGCUGUCCUGCUGCGAUCCAAAGGCUGCCGUUUAGCUCUCCUGUAUGCACCUUUCGAAGCUUCGCGACGUGACGAAGUGCUGCAAGAUGUCUACGGCACCGCCAAUCCUGAAGGCAUACGUACAUACGAAGCAGAUAUCACUUCCGAAUCUUCUGUCUCCAUUGCUUUCGAGGCAAUAUAUUUCGAUGCCAUCGUUGAUGAAGUCUUCCCAAGUAUCCUCAUCAACUCUGCCGGUUAUGUGACGGUACAGCCAUUGGAGCAAACAAGUGUUGAGGAAGCAAAUAGAAAUUUCUCGGUCAAUUUGCUAGGGCCAUUUAUUACAGGAAACGCUUUCUUUCACCUCUAUCAAGCUAUGAAGAAGAAAAUUCGGGAUAAUGGUGGGGUCAAUGUACCUCCAGGACGCAUUGUCUCCCUUUCUAGUCAAGCUUCACAUCUUGCUCUUGACGGUCAUGGGGUGUAUUGCGCCUCAAAAGCGGGAUUGAAUGCUCUUGUACGCUGUCAAGCUAACGAGUGGGCUCGUUAUGGCAUUACAUCAAAUACUGUUUCUCCUACCGUAGCAUUGACGGCGCUGGGCAAGAAGGCCUGGGGUGAGGGCAAGCAGAGGGAAGAUCAUCUUGCACGGAUUCCGACCGGCCGAUUUGUGGAACCAGAGGAAGUUGCCAGGACCAUUGAAUGGCUCUGUCAAGAUGGAGCGGGAAUGGUUAAUGGUGCCGAUGUGAGGGUCGAUGGGGGCUUUACUAUCAGCGGAGGGUUCACUGUACCAAUUACGGAAUACUAA